AUGGAUUUUCCUCCUAAAUGGAUUUCGUGGAUUAAGGGCUGCCUUGUCUCAGGUAUGGGGUCGGUUUUACUGAACGGGUCACCAACGAAAGAGUUCUCGUAUAAGAGAGGUUUACGUCAAGGCGAUCCUCUUUCUUCGUUCUUGUUUAUUAUAGCUAUGGAAUUUGUGACUUUAUUCAUUAAUAUGCUCUCUCAUUUGGGCUUAUUUAAAGGCUGCCAACUUCCUAACGGCGGCCCAAAUAUCACCCAUCUUUGCUAUGCUGAUGAUGUGGUGUUCAUUGGGCUUUGGUCGGAAGACAAUAUUAUAGCUUUGAACAGAUUACUUAGAUGGCUUAACCUCGUUAGCGGGCUCAAAAUCAAUCGGAGGAAAAGAAAAAUUUAUGGUAUUGGAGUGGCUCCUGAUGAGGUGGAGCGUCUUGCGAUUAAAGUUAACUGUGAAGCCGGUACCCUCCCAUUCUCUUAUUUAGGGAUCCCGAUUGGAGUUAACAUGAAAAGAGCCUCCUUUUGGAAACCUGUUUUAGACAGAUUCUCGUCUAUGCUUUCCAAGUGGAAAGCUAAACAUCUUUCGUUUGCGGGCCGUUUGACGUUAGUCAAAUCGGUUCUUGGUAGUCUUCCUUCUUAUUUUCUCUCGUUAUUCGCUGCUCCUAAAUGCGUUAUCAAAAGGCUUGAGAAAAUUAGAAGGGAAUUUUUAUGGGGCAAGUUGAAUAAUAGAAAUAAGCUUAGAUGGUUUAGAUGGGAUUUCAUUUUGAAAGACAAGAAAGCAGGAGGUAUGGGAGUUGUGGGUAUCCAAAGCUUUAAUUACGCGAUGUUAACUAAGUGGUGGUGGAGAGCAAAACAGAAUCCGAAUCAGCUUUGGGCUAAAGUGGUGGAUGCUAUUCAUGGAGGUAAUCUAAAUUUGAAUUCAAACAAUAUAAUUCCUUUUAAGAAGACCAUUACCGGGGUGUGGAAAGACAUCGGUUCAGUGGAGGCGGCCCUUUCAAAUCUUGGCAUUUUUAUUAAGGAUCAUUUAGUGGUGGAUGGCGACAGGUGGAAAUGGAUUAGCGAUCCUAAUGGAUCGUUUUCGGUCUGCCAGGUUCGAAGAGACAUCGAUAAGCUCAGUAAUGAAGAGAACAACGAAAACCUUGUGUUUGAGUGGAAUAAUUGGGCACCUCCAAAAGCUAAUUAUCUGUUAUGGAGGGCCAUGUUGGGUAAAAUUUCAACGAAAGUGGGUCUGGUAAGGAGGGGUGUGCCGCUCGGGGAUUCCUUGUGCCCCCGUUGUGGUAUAAAAGAUGAAGACUCAGAUCAUUUAUUCGUUAGUUGCUUAUGGGCUUGGUGCGUUUGGUGGAACAUCCUUGCUUGGCUUUGGAUAAGGUUCAUAAACUGCAACAAUCUUAAAUAUUUUAUUGCUCUCAUCAUGCAAAAUCCGGGAGACAAAGCUUGGAAAAAAAUUGUAUAUACGGUGUGGAGAUUGUGGAAAGCCAGAAAGGAAAAAGUGUUUGAAGAUAAUUUUAUUCCCAUCAAUAAGACGGUGGAUCUUAUAAAAGAAGAGGCUUUCCUUUGGAUUUGCAACAGAUCCAAACUCAAGAAGCCGAGUUGGGGUAAAUGGUUAGAUUUUGAUAUUGUCGAUCAAAUGUAA